UGAGCGCUGACCACUGAGCGCUGGCCGCUCCCCUCGCGCUGGCGGGAUGUGGGCGCGGCCCCUGUGGGUGCUGCUGGCGCUGGGGGUCCUGGGCGGUCUUGGCGUCGCAGGGCCCAGCAUCUGUACCACACGAGGCGUGAGCUCCUGCCAGCAAUGUCUGGCUGUGAGUCCCAUGUGUGCCUGGUGCUCAGAUGAGGCCUUGCCUCGGGGAUCACCCCGCUGUGACCUGAAGGAGAAUCUGCUGAAGGCCAGAUGUGCCCCAGAGUCAGUGGAAUUCCCCAUCAGUGAGGCUGUUAUCCUGGAGGCCAAGCCCCUCAGCAACAAGAGCUCUGGAGAUGGCUCCCAGGUCACUCAAGUCAGUCCCCAGAGGAUUGCACUCCGGCUGCGGCCAGAUGACUCCGGGACCUUCUCCAUCCAAGUCCGACAAGUGGAGGAUUACCCUGUGGACAUCUACUACUUGAUGGACCUGUCUUUCUCCAUGCAGGAUGACCUGGAGAGCAUACAGAACCUGGGGACCAGUUUGGCCUUUGAGAUGAGCAAGCUCACCAGCAAUUUGCGGAUUGGCUUUGGGGCCUUUGUGGACAAGCCUGUGUCACCAUACAUGUACAUCUCCCCGCCCGAAGCCCUGAGAAAUCCCUGCUAUAAAAUAAAGGCCACCUGUUUGCCGAUGUUUGGCUACAAACAUGUGUUGACACUAACUGACCAAGUGACCCGCUUCAAUGAGGAGGUGAAGAAGCAGAAUGUGUCACGGAACCGAGAUGCCCCAGAGGGUGGCUUUGAUGCCAUCAUGCAAGCCACCGUCUGCAAUGAGAAAAUUGGCUGGAGAAAUGAUGCAUCCCACUUGCUGGUAUUCACCACUGAUGCCACGACUCAUAUUGCGCUGGAUGGAAGGCUGGCAGGCAUCGUGCAGCCCAAUGAUGGACAGUGUCACAUUGGCAGUGACAACCAUUACUCUGUCUCCACUGUCAUGGAUUAUCCCUCUCUAGGGCUGAUGACAGAGAAGCUGUCCCAGAAAAACAUCAAUUUGAUUUUUGCAGUGACAAAAAAUGUAGUCAAUCUCUAUCAGAACUACAGUGAGCUCAUCCCGGGGACCACAGUGGGGGUUCUGUCUGCUAACUCCAGCAAUGUCCUCCAGCUCAUUGUGGAUGCUUACGGAAAAAUUCGUUCUAAAGUGGAACUGGAGGUGCGCGACCUACCUGAGGAGUUGUCUCUCUCCUUCAACGCCACUUGUCUCAACAACGAGGUCAUCCCAGGCCUCAAGUCCUGUGUUGGACUCAAGAUUGGAGACACGGUGAGCUUUAGCGUUGAGGCCAAGGUGCGAGGCUGCCCCCGAGAGAAGGAGAAGUCCUUCACCAUCAAGCCUGUGGGCUUUAAGGACAGCCUCACUGUCCAGGUCACCUUUGACUGUGACUGUGCCUGCCAGGCCCAAGCAGAGCCUUCCAGCAGCCGCUGCAACCAGGGCAACGGGACCUUUGAGUGUGGGGUGUGUCACUGUGGGCCUGGCUGGCUGGGGUCCCAGUGCGAGUGCUCGGAAGAGGACUACCACUCCUCGCAGCAGGAGGAGUGCAGCCCCCGGGAGGGCCAGCCUGUCUGCAGCCAGAGGGGCGAGUGCCUCUGCGGCCAGUGUGUCUGCCAUGGCAGCGACUUUGGCAAGAUCAGCGGCAAGUACUGCGAGUGUGACGACUUCUCCUGUGUCCGCUACAAGGGGGAGAUGUGCUCGGGCCACGGCCAGUGCAGCUGUGGGGACUGUCUGUGUGACUCGGAUUGGACCGGCUACUACUGCAACUGCACCACACGCACCGACACCUGCGUGUCCAGCAACGGCCUGCUGUGCAGUGGCCGCGGCAAGUGUGAAUGCGGCAGCUGUGUCUGCAUCCAGCCUGGCUCCUACGGCAACACCUGCGAGAAGUGUCCUACUUGCCCUGAUGCCUGCACCUUUAAGAAGGACUGUGUGGAGUGUAAGAAAUUUGACCGGGGAGUCUUAUAUGAAGAAAACACCUGCAGCCUCUACUGCCGUGAUGAGAUUGAGUCUGUGACUGAGCUCAAGGACACUGGCAAGGAUGCCGUGAAUUGCACCUACAAGAAUGAAGACGACUGUGUUGUCAGGUUCCAGUACUAUGAAGACACAAGUGGAAAGUCCAUCCUUCACGUGGUGAAAGAGCCAGAGUGUCCCAAGGGUCCUGACAUCCUGGUGGUCUUGCUGUCGGUGAUGGGGGCCAUUCUGCUCAUCGGUCUUGCGACUCUGCUCAUCUGGAAGCUCCUCAUUACCAUCCAUGACCGGAAGGAGUUUGCCAAAUUUGAAGAAGAACGAGCCCGAGCAAAAUGGGAUACAGCUAACAACCCACUAUACAAAGAGGCCACAUCCACCUUCACCAACGUCACCUACAAGGGCACUUAGUGGCAGGCGCUCGGCCUCAGCUCACUUUCAGACUGUCCCAGGAUUGUGGGCAUCUGUGCCAUGAUGUUUACAGGGGCCAACAUUUGUGGGAUGGGCUUGGAGGGUGGGCGGGUUGUAAGAGUGUGUGUGUGUGUGUGUGUGUGUGUGUGUGUGUGUGUGUGUGUGUGUGAAUGGAUAAGUUAAAGCUUGUGAUGUGCCUCAGAGAAGCAGAGCUCCUCAGCCUUUGUCCUCAGACCACCUCCUCCAGGGAAUCUUCCUGCUUCCAGAGGGUGACCUCUGGAGCUGAGCGCUGUUCAUUACCUCAGUGAGAAGUCAACUUCCCUUCCUGGCCCAUUCACCUUGAAGGGGGAAGGGAAGCGCUUAGGCUUCGUGUGUGGGAGGAAGGGCUGCUAAGGACUUCCUUGUCUACCCAGGGACUUCCAGUCCUUGGGUCUGACUCUCCUUAGCAGCUAUGGUGGGAACUGAUGGGCUUGAAGCAUAUUGUGCCACCUGGGCCUCUGUUUCCUUUCUCUGCCCUCUGGUUGAAGGAGAAGUCAGAGGAGGGCUGAACUGGUAGAGCUGCCUAUGCUUUUUGCCAUCACCUCAGUUCACACGGUUGUCUCAUGAAGGGAGUCCUUGCCACCCACUUCUUUAGUCUGUUGGAGGCCAAUCCAGGACCAUGCAUGGCUGGAGGGAACAUGCCAAGGUCUGUUAGUUCAUCAUCACAGUCCUGCAGAUAUUCCCCCACUGGAAACUCAGUGUCUCCCUAGGCCAGCAUCACCCCUUGCCUCCUAAUCACACAUGAUCACUGCUGUAAAUAUUGGCUGUGUACUGGGAAUUUUCAUCUUGAUCAAAAGAUUCUCCUCCCAGGAAAAGCACUAUGGUGAGAGCCAGAGGCCUGGCUGCAGCCUUCAGGUAUUUCUUCCACAUAUUGUUCAAGGCUCCUCCACAUACACAGUCCUAUUUCUAGUGCUGUAUCCAUCCAUGGGACUAAUUGCAUUUAUCUACCUCUUGGGUGUCUUGUGAAGCAAUCACCAGACCCUGGGUCACUGAGCCCGUUAGGUGUAAGUGUCAGGGUGGAAUCAUAGAUGACAGGAGGUGUGGCCUAUUCUAUGGGCUGGGCAAACUCAUUUGAACUCAGUCUUUAGUCCAAGAGGCCACAUGUACAAUGUCAUUUCCAUUUCUCUCUCUCUCUCACAGAGGGGACUUAAAAGGACAAUGCGGCUUAGUCUAAAGGAACGUGUGUAAAUGCACCUGUAUCAUAUUUGUGAUUUUGUUUCAUGAUGAGGGAGGAGAGUCUGAUAAAGCCAUGGCUUGGCUUGGACACAAACGCUCCCGUCUAGCAUCAUUCGCAGCAACUUGCUGUCCAGCUGCUGGGUCUCUGAGGACCUUCAGUACUGCUGUGAUGAUGGCAUGUGGGCAUGCUAACCCUUUUCUGAGGAGGAGGGAAGUGGGCUGCUCUUUUUAUAGAGUGCUGGCAGGCACUGUAGUGGUGCUUACAUUAGUCCAACAUUAACCCUUCCUCUAGCUCUCAGAAAAGAAGGAAAAAAAAAAAAGGUCUAUAAGUAGUGUUUCUGAUGAUCAGAAAACAGAAGUCCUGGUCUCAGUGCUGUAUUCAUGGGGACUUUGACCUUAAUGAGGACAAGUCACUCUCUUGUUUCUAGGACACAGUUUUCUGGUUGGACAAAUGAUGGCUUGGCAUCAGCCAGCACAGAGAGGGUGUCUCUCAGCAGCUACAUCCUCAGGUACUAGAAUUUACUGGGACAGCAAAUGUGUGGUCAUGAUUCUGUGGGCAACUGAGAUCUGACAGGCCUGUCAUCAACUGACAAGAGCAGCUGCCACUCCACAUCACCUCUCUAUCCUCUCUCACAGCUGGUCCUCCCACUUUUGUUAGCACGUUAGUUUCACUUAGUUGUUAUUUCUUGGCUCACUUUGCACACGCUUGCACCCACACUUUAAGGAAUUUGUGAGAAGUAGCUGAAGUGUGUAUUUGGUAUUCAUGUGUUGGCUGACAUGGAGAAUAAACCUUGGGGUUAGGAAUGGGGCAGGUGACUGAGCUCUGUCGCAUUCAUGGAAUGUUCUUUGCUAUAGGGCACCAUGUAGGUGAGCAUCUAAGUUGGGUUAUGAUGACAGCAAGAUACGGAGAGGUUAUUUGGACUUGGCAUUUCUGGACAGAAUGUGUGUUCAGUCUCAGGAUCUGGAGACAAUAAUGGGAAACUUGAACCCUUCUGACAAGUUGUCCCUUAAGGAGUAAGUGCGUUACCCUCAGAGGUUUUCUAUUAGUGUUUAAUAUUGAUUUACAAAAUUACAAGAUAACAGGGGUGUAAUUCCACUGGGAUAAUUUCCAGUGGAGGGAAACUCCAUUUUUUUCCCCUCUCCCCCUUUUCUCUCUCUGGGUCCUGAUGGAAUUGGAAUUCAGAGCCCUCUGGUAAUUUUCCCCUCACAACAGAUAUUUCUCAAUCAUCCACGACUUCAAGAUACUUGCGACAUAUUCCUGGUUGAAAUUAUCUCAUUGCUUUCCUGAUUUCCAAACCACCUCCUCUGUUUGGGUUGUACAACAGUGAAUUAAAUGUGCUUUCAACAAAGA